AGCUGGUGAAUGAGGGGACAAGAAUGGAACUAUGGAAGCUACAACCCAAAAAACAAACCCUGGCUUUGCUCUGAGACCUGGAAGCUGGGCAGAGCUCAUCACAGCUUCUGGACCAGGCAAAGGGCUCACCUUCAAAAGUUCGUGGCAACUGCUCUGGUUUUGAGGAAUCCUGAUCCUUUUUCAUCCUUUGGCAGAAAUAAAUGAAUUCUCAGAAGAAUUGUCCUGAUGUCCCUGGGUUGUUGAGCAAAUUGCUCAUUGUGUUGCUCACUUACACAAUGCAUGUUAUUAUGUGCAACCAGCUGCUCCUGUUUGGCAUUGCUCACGCAUAUGGAACAGGAGGCUACCAUCACUUUCCUCGUCUGGAAGUCAACGUUCCCUCUCGCAUCGAAGUUGCUGCCAGACCAGAAGAAGUCUGGGAACAAAUCGGCUGAGAAGCACAGGCUAUGCUUUGACGACCGAUGAACGAUAUACACCCGAAGGGAGCCGUGCCUCGAAACUGAACCCCACCAAAGCCAUGGCGAUGCGAUCACUGGUGUCCGAUUGCCCCCGCUGCCCAGCCGGGCUGGGCGCGGUGAGCUCCGGCAGCCCCGACGGGCGGCGGGGCCGGGGAGGCGCCCCCGGCAGCGCCGUGAGGGGAGCGCGGCGGCGGGAGCUGCGCGGUGCCCUCCGCGCUCACCCGUGGCAAACCAGGAAAAAAACCCGUAAAGACGAAAAACUCUAAAGCCGUAGGGGGUGGAAGCUCAAUUUUAAAAGCCACAUAAAAUGUUACAAAUGUUUGUGGCUUGUGGAACCGCUGGCGGGCGGAGGAGUUCCGCACCUGCCGUCCACCCCCUCAGGGAGCGGGGCCACUCCCGGGGCCGGCUGAGGCGACCCGGGCAGCACCGUGAGGGGAGCGCGGCUGCUGGAGGCGGCCCGGUACCCUCCACGCUCACCCGUGGCAAAGCUGAAAAAAAUACUAAAGAGAUUGAAGAAAAAAAAUAUUGAGGAAAAAGCCCACAUAAAAUGUUAUAAAUGUUUGUGGCUUAUGGAGCCGCCGGCGGGCGGAGGAGCCCCGCACCUGCCGUCCCCCACCCUGAGGGAACGCGGCCGCUCCCCCCGCCGCGGGCUGGCAGCAACCUGUUGGUGCGGGCGCUGCCGGGCGGCGGGAGGAGCCCCUCGGAGGGGCGGCCGGGCCGCUGACAAAGGCGGAGCAGCAGCAGCCCAGGGCCGCCCCCGGCAGCGGGGCCUGGCGGGCAGCGCGGGGCUGGGGCUGGGGCCGGGGCGCUCGCACAAGAUGGCGGUGGGGCGGCGGGGGAGCGCGCUCCCCUCGUAGAUGCGGCCGCGGCGGCCCCUGCUCCCGGCGCCCGGCGGGGCUUACAUGGCGCUGGAGGACCUGCUGCUUUGUCUCUGCUUCUCCGCCCUCGCCGUCCUGGCUGUGCAAGGGAGGCUGUCGAAAGGGGAUUCUCUGGAGCUGAGCUGCAGUGCUGGUCCUGCCAAGGUGAUACUGGAGCCAAACCAAGUGGUGAUUUUGGACUGUAACCUGACCCCUGUUGAGCAAGUGUUCAAUGUCACAUGGAAGAAGAAUGGGUUUCCAUUAGUGGAGCAGGAACAUCUCCAUGUGCUUCCAAAUGGAUCGCUCUUCAUCUCAUCCCAGGCUGUGGCAAAGGACAGUAAAUAUCCCGAGGGGGUUGGUGCUGAGGGUAAUUAUUCCUGUGUGUCUCACACCUCCCUAGGGACUGUCACCAGUCAAACAGCUGCAGUCAGAUUUUCAACAUUAUCGCGCUUUUUCCAGCAGCCGGAGUCACAGACAGUGGAGGAGAAUGGCAUGGCCCGGUUUGAGUGCCGCAUCGAGGGGCUGCCCUCCCCUGUCAUCACCUGGGAGAAGGACCACGAGGCUGUGCCAGCAGAACCCAGGUUUAUAACUCUUCCCAAUGGUGUUCUCCAAAUCGUGGAUGUGCAGGAGAGCGAUGCUGGGAUUUACCACUGCGUGGCAACCAACGCUGCCCGAAGGCGCUACAGCAACGAUGCCACCCUCAGCGUGGUGAAAGGCUCCCAGCCAGCAGGAGGAGAUGUCACCAUCGUUGCUGCUCCGGAGAACACCACGGUGGUGGCCGGGGAGAGCGUGGUGAUGGAGUGUAUGGCAGCUGCUGAUCCCACCCCCUUUGUCUCCUGGAUACGACAAGAUGGAAAGUCCAUUUCCACAGAUGUGAUUGUGCUGGGCCGGACAAACCUCCUGAUUCCUUCCAGCCAGCCCCAUCACUCUGGGGUGUACGUCUGCCGAGCCAACAAACCCCAAACGCGGCAGUUCGUUACUGCCGCAGCCGAGCUCCGCAUCCUCGCUACCCCCAGCAUCUCCCAGGCUCCUGAAACCAUCUCCCGCACGCGAGCCAGCACGGCCAGGUUUGUGUGCAAGGCAGAGGGAGAGCCGGCCCCCGCCAUCCACUGGCUGAAGAACGGGGAGCCCAUCCUGUCCAACGGGCGUGUGAAGGUGCAGAGCAGCGGCAGCCUCGUCAUCAACCAGAUUGGCCUGGAGGACGCUGGCUACUACCAGUGCGUGGCUGAGAACAGCCUGGGCAUGGCCUGUGCCACGGCCAAGCUCUCGGUGAUCGUGCGCGAGGGUUUGCCCAGCGCUCCCAAGAAGGUCUCGGCCGUGUCCCUCUCCAGCACCACCGUUCUCGUGUCCUGGGAGCGGCCGGAGCACAACAGCGAGCAGAUCAUCGGCUUCUCCUUGCACUACCAGCGGGCUGUGGGAACAGAUAACGUGGAAUACCAGUUUGCUGUCAAUAAUGACACAACGGAGCUGCAAGUCAAGGACCUGGAACCAAACACCAACUAUGUCUUCUACGUAGUUGCCUAUUCCCAGCUGGGAGCCAGCCGGACGUCCUCUUCCAUCGUCGUCCAGACCCUGGAGGAUGUUCCCAGUGCAGCCCCUCAGCUGUCCCUGUCGAGCAUGACUCCUGGUGACAUCCGUGUGACGUGGCUGCCUCCCCCGCCCGAGCUGAGUAACGGCAAGAUAACCAAGUACAAGAUCGACUACUGCACCCUCAAGGAAGCAGAUCAGGUCACCUCCAUCGAAGUGGGUGGAAACGAGACCCAGAUCACGCUGUACUCGCUCCAUCCCAACAAGGUGUACAAAGUGCGGAUCGCAGCCAGCACCAGCGUGGGGUACGGGGCCCCUUCCGAGUGGACCCAGCAUCGGACUCCUGACAGAGACAACCAGACACAUGUUCCAUUUGCCCCGACAGAAUUGAAAGUCCGAGCGAAGAUGGAGUCUCUCCUGAUAACAUGGCAGCCCCCAGCAAACCAUGCCCAGAUAUCUGGCUACAAGCUCUACUACAGAGAGGUGGGCCCAGAGGAGUCCAGUGAUGAGAGCCCUUUGGAUGGUGCUGAAGAUGAGAGCUGGGAUGUAGGACCCAUAAAACUAAAGAAGAAAGUGAAGCAGUACGAGCUGACUCGACUAGCUCCUGGGAAGCUGUACGAGGUGAAGCUGGUGGCAUUCAAUAAGCACGAAGAUGGGUACGCAGCCGUUUGGAAGGGCAAAACAGAAAAGGCACCUGCGGCAGCAGUAGAUCCCCCUGUGCAGAAGGGGCCUCCACUGCCUCCAGUCCAAGUCUAUGCAGAGUCCAACAGCUCAACUUCCAUCUGGCUGCGCUGGAAGAAGCCUGACUUCACAACAGUCAAAAUUGUCAACUACACCGUGCGCUUCAGCCCCUGGGGCCUGAAAAACGCCUCUCUUGUGACGUACUACACCAGCUCAGAUGAAGACAUCCUCAUUAGUGGGCUGAAGCCCUACACCAGGUAUGAGUUUGCUGUGCAGUCCAACGGCGUUGGCAUCGAUGGGCCCUUCGGCAGCGUGGUGGAGCGCUUCACCCUGCCCGACCGCCCCUCCACUCCUCCAUCUGACCUGCGGCUGCACCCUCUCAACCCCUACGCUGUCCAGGUGCACUGGUGCCCGCCUGUGGAGCCCAAUGGCAUCAUUGUGGAGUAUCUCAUCCUGUACAACGCCAACAACACGCAGCCAGAUGACAUGUGGACCUUGCUGACACGAGAAGGAAACAUCUUCAGCACUGAAGUGCAUGGCCUGGAAAGUGAUACCAGAUACUUCUUCAAGAUGGGAGCAAAGACAGUGGUGGGAUCCGGUCCCUAUUCCAAUGUUAAGGAUGUGCACACCCUCCGGGAGAAGCUGUCUGAUGUCCUGGAUAUCCACUCUGUGACAGGGAUCAUCGUGGGGGUGUGCCUGGGGCUGCUCUGCAUUCUCUUCUGCAUGUGUGCCAGCUUCCGCAACAGCAAGCACAGGGAGGCCCUGCCAGGCCUGGAUUCCCAGGCUGCUGGCAACCACACGUACUACCACCGGAGCAGGCAAGGGGUGGCCUCUCCCAGUGCCACCCUGGACUCUCAUGAGCUUGAGUCCCUCAUGUCCCCGCUCCCAGAGGAUGCGCCCGUGCCCCUGGGGGACAUCACAGAGCUGGCAGAAGUGCACAGCCUCGUGCACACCAGCCUCCCUGAGGACAUCUUCCAUGGGAAGAGGAAGUCUUCAUGGAAUAAAUCAGCCAACCAGGCCUGGACAAACAGCAUCAGCAGAUAUGGGGACACCAUCACCAAAGAGCCUCUCUCUGCUGUCAAUGGGUCACUGAAGCUCCCCUCCAGCGCGGGGCAGAAGCUUCUCUUACAAGCCCUGGUUUAUGAUGCUGUCAUGAAUGAAGCAAAGAAAAGCCACCUGCCAGCCAGCCUCCACCAAGUAGAAGCAGAGGUCAUUGUCCAUUCUGAUUUUUCAGCCUCUGACAGAGACUACGACUCCCAGCUGCACACCUUGGAGAGUGAAGAGACAGAAAUGGAGGACCAGGAGCCCGAAGAGCUCCCCUCAGCAGAGCUGGCUCUUCCUGUCUCUCCCCGUUCCCAGCAGGACACUGGCCAAGUGUUGGUGGUGGACUGCACAGACGAUUUGGAGGCUCAGGCCCAGGCUGAGCUGCUCUGUACCGACACAAAGACUGACAAACCUGAGGCUGUUUGUGUCUGUGGGCUCACCAAUGGCUUCCACAGGCAGGGAGAAAGUCUGGAUUCGGUGGAGAGUGGAGAUUCAGACUCCAUCCUGGAAGGCGGGGGAGAUGUGCAGCCAGUCAAGUGCCAGUUGCUUUCCACAGCACCUGAGGAGGCCCUGCUCUGUAGUAACUCUGGUUUAACCAGUCCAUCCUCAGCAUCUGAGAACAUUGUCCACAAUCACAGAGAAUGAACUGAUCUGGUUUUGAUCACAGCAGAGCUGAAGCACGAGGAGAGCCUGUCCCUGUGAGGUGCUGCCUGCCCCGGCUGGCUGAGCCCAGCAGGAGCUGGGCAGGUGCAGCAUCUCACCAGCAGGGCUUGGACCUGUCAGCUCUAGAGGCCUUCUGGAAGCCAGGUGGGUUGGUAAGGGCCCAUCUUGCACCCACCCACUGCAGCCAGUGAGGAACUGGGUGUUGGUGGGAGCAGGACUGAGCCCUCUGCCACAGUCUGACACAGAACCACGGUGGAACAGAACCUCCCACACUAGGCUGGGGCUGUCACUUCACCAUAGCCCUCGAGGCAACUGGCAAGACAUCCUUUAACACUGGGAGGGGCAGAGUGCACCAAGGGAUCCUUCUCAACUGCCUCUGCCCCGGGGAGUGCCCGGGCACCACUGACUGCCUGGCAGCGUUGGGGUGAAUUCUGGCACAGAGUCCCAGGAGGGGUGGAAGGCCCAGAAACAAAGGCAGUGGGCUGUAAGCACCAGCCUUUUCUGCCCUCCCGUGGUUAGAAGGAUUACCAGGCUCUCUGUGUGCGCUACCGCUGUAACUACUACUAGCAGGCUGAUGUAGUGGCCUUUUAUUACACACUCUACGAGUGCCUCUAACAACUUGUACUAUAUAGAACCUUCUGCAGCGUCUGGGUCUUUUCACCAGCCUGGGCUUUGUUUUAUGUAGGUUCUUGUACCUAAUAUUUUAGGUACACAUCUGUCCUUUUAAUGUACAACAUGUAUUUUUAUUUCCUUGGAACAUCUUUAUAUUAUUUAAUUUUAUAAAGUGGAAUAGUGUGUGGUAUAGAGUAGCAUUUUUACUACUUCUCUCUUUCUUUAUUUUUUCCUCCCUAACAACACAACUACCUCAUGUCUGUUGGAGAAAAAAAAACAGUAGAUCUACUCAUUUGUUAUAGUCCAUUAUAGGUUUUAACUUAUUCUUAUACUGCCUUUUUCUAAAGAAUACGUUCGCACUGGUUGUUGACCCUUCUUUAACACACAGCGCUGCAGAUCUGAUGUCUCUCUUGCUUUGUUUCUUGACACCUUCCCUACAGCCAGAGAGUUGGGUUGUGUCUCUCUGUAGGACUGUGUUUUGCAGAGCUGCCAAAGGAGACUGCUUCAGCUGGCAGGAUAUCGAUCCAUCUUUCCUCAACAAGCUUAUACUAACAAAUAGAAGAACAGCAAUUGCAGAAGUAACCUGUGAUACUGGGGACAUGUGUUUCUUUUCUCUUUUCUUGGGUGCCUGUGUGAAGGCAUCUCAGAUGGUUUUGAUUUACAGAGAGCAGCACUGAGCCUUCUGUAAGCAGUGGACUUGCUGAAAGCCUUGGAUGAACAAUUUAAAUUUUCCAGUCAUUUCUGAUAGUCCUGGCCAAAGUGCUUUGAGGUGGAUUUUUUUUUUUUAUUACACCAGAGCAUCACCAGGGCUUUAAAAUGAAAAUGAAAUCUUUGGUCUCCUACCAGUCAGUCUGGUUUGAAAAUCACCCAGUGACUCCUCCUGAUGAUGCUGUGUGCUUACUGCUGACAUGUCUCUCAGCCUGGGCCUGCUGGGGGAGUUCUUGUCUCUACUUUUUGUAGCUUGUCUCUGUCCUGCUCCAGGCUUGCAGGGUUUGACUGUGGAUGCUACAAGAUUGGACCAGCUGCUCAGAGUUAACGAAGAUCAGUAAUUCUGUUCAUGGGUGUUUGGUAAAUGGUCUGCCUUCCUGGAGGAUUCAGACAUCUCACCAUUUGUUUAAAAAGAGAAGGAAAAGAUGUCCACCUUCCUCUUUUCUUACCAAAAUUCUCCCCAGGGUAUAUGGGGAAACUGCGUGCCAACUUGGGAUCCUAUACAAGACUUUAGAUUUUGUUUUUCCUGGUGAUGAUGGGGUGGAGGGGCCACUGCUUGCAGCAUGGAGAGCCUCACUUCACCAGCACCCUGCAACCCUUUUACCUCCAGCACUUCAGCAGAUGAGACCCUCCGAGGCUCCACGUACCCUGAUGGGAAGGAUCCUGGGGCUUCCUCUGCUUCCCCAGCUGGCAGCAUCUCCUCCCAGUAUGACACACUCUUCUGGUGACCAGCUGUAUUUCCAGUCACUGUGAUUGCUCUGUUUCUCCAGCUGCUGCUUGGUGUCUUGAGGAGUCUCAGAAAUGCUGUUCCAUGCUCUGAAUAGCCAUGACUCUGGAAUACUGCAACAGAGACUGGAAAUCAGUGCCAGUGAGCGGGCAAAGGCAGGAGUUUAUGUGUGUGUGCUACUGAAGCAAGAAGCUAGAAAGGCAAGGAAACAUACCUGGGCAGAGGAAGAGUGUAAAUAACCUCCAGAACCCACUGCCACAAGACUUUGAAACUCAUGACUUGGCAGGGUUACAGAUAAGGCAGUGAAGUGUUUUUGCAGGCAAUAAGGUCUCUGGGGGCAGAUGCAGUUGCAGAGGUACAAACCCAGCCACGUUGCCAUUGCCACUUUCCAUCCAGGGAGAGGGGAAGGGACAGAGGCUGAUGUAGGAGUGUGCCACAGUUUCUGGGGCACUCCCUUGUACAUGCACCCCCUCCUUUGCCUUCAGCAAUCCUACAGCCCUGAGCUGCCUGAAAGUUCUCCCUGCGUGUCCCUGCAGCCCACACAGGCACAGUGGGGCACUAUUCCCCUGGAUCACUUUGGGCCAACCACCAAACCACCACAAUAGUUAGAGGCUCAGACAGCUUCGAGGAGAUGCAGCAGACCACAAACAAUUUUGUUUAUGCAUCCCCAAAACACUUCUGUCACCUUAUGCUGAGGCUUGUUCUGAUCUCGUUACACUUCACCAAACUGUACUGGGCUGUGAAGGUGGCAGUGUUUGGCUGUCCAAGAACUGUGGUGGCCAUGGGCUUGUAGGCCAGACCUCAGUUACAGAAAUCCAGACAGUUCCCUUGGAGCCAAGGGGUCACCACUGACCAGCAGCACCAAAGCUGUCCCUGGACCAACACACAUCCACACAGAGUGCUGAGUGUCCUUGCCCAGCUCAGCUGUGCCCCAGGUCCCCCUGCCCUGACCUUUCAGUCUCAGCUGGAAGUGAAUCGAAGGAGACACACAAUACACAUUUGAUGUGUAAAGCUGAAACAACCAGUGCAUAUAAUUUUUUAUCAUGAAAUAAGCAACUUUCUUGCAUAUUUCUCACAGGCACACAAACUGCUGAUACCUUUAAUUACCCGUCAUUCUUAAUACCUGUUCCUGCACACCAGGCUCCUUUCUCUAUUUUCUUCCUUUCAGUAACACUAAAGAUUAUUGCUGUUCAACUUUUUUGCUGGUGUAUAUUGUUUUACAUUGUUAAAAUGUCAGCUUUGUCUCACUGGCAUAAUUUUGUAGUAUUAAUGUUACUGUUUGGCUACACAACUGUAUAUUCCCCAUGCUGCUGUGAGAGUCACGAUUCUCAUCCUUUUAUUUCUUUUCAUUUCUUGUUACAUGAAACACGCAACUCAGAUAAAAACCUCUAUCAGCUUUUUGUUGACUUGACUUCUUACUUAACAGGCAGCAGAGUUCUGGUUUAAAUAGUUCAAAUGAGAUAACUUUUAAUUUAGAGGUUGAGAAUUUUUUUACAUUAUUAGCUAACAUUCAGACCAUGAAAUAUUGCUGUGUAAGAAAACAACCAUUUUACUAGAACACUGUAUAUGGUUUUGAUCUCAUUAGUAAUAGGUGUUUUGAAGGAAUCAUUGUCUUUUCUAAUCAAUGCUUUUGUUAGAAAAGAAGUGUUUAGCCAGCAGAAAUCUACCAUCUACUUCUGUUACUGUAUUCCCUUGCUUGUAUUUUCAAGUUAAAUUUAAUUUUCUGCACAGUGCAUAAAUAUGUGUAACCAGAACUUGAUCUUGUUUGAAGGUUGUGUCUGUGCUUGGUUCCAUGCUGUACUUUAUUAUAACUUUCUUUCUUCAGAGACUCUUCUUAACUCCACAAAUAUUCUUUAGUGUUAAAGUGUAAGAAGACAUUGUCCUUAUAUUCCUUAACUA